AUGACCAACAAACCUCGCCCGGAAUGUGAACGCCGAUGGCGAAAGCAGAAUUCAGGUUGGAAACAACUACACUCAAGUCCACAACUACAACGAACCGAACCCAAUCGAUGCAUUGCCGACCUACGAUUGACUGACCCCCGCGACGACAAGAGGUGCAUCGAGCAGACAAAGGGGGGCCUUCUCAAGGACUCGUACGGCUGGAUCCUCGACAACGACGAUUUCCAGCAAUGGCGCAACGACGAACAGAGCCGACUGCUCUGGAUCAAGGGCGAUCCCGGAAAGGGCAAGACCAUGUUACUCUGCGGCAUUAUCGACAAGUUGAAGAAGCAGACCGCGAAUCUAGUGUCCUACUUCUUCUGCCAGGGCACCACCGACUCGCGCAUCAACAACGCAAUGGCCGUGCUACGUGGGCUCAUUUACCUACUCGUCGAGGAACAGGAAUUGCUCAUCCCCCACGUGCAGAAGAAGUACAAUGACCUGGGCAAUCGGUUGCUAGAGGAUGUGAAUUCGUGGUGGGUCUUAUCCGAGAUCUUUACAAAUAUUCUGCAAGAUCCGAACUUGAAGAGCACCUUUUUGAUCAUCGACUUGCUCGACGAAUGUGUUACGGAUCUGUAA